UCCAUCUUCACUGCCACUCAAACACUUAACCACUGCUACACAUUCUCUCUCUACCAAGUCACCCACAAAGAAGAGAGAGAAACUAAAAAUUCUCUACAUUUCUCUAACUUUCUGACAAUGGCGGGUCGAUUACAAUCUCACCAAUUACCAAGUGGACUCUACGUUUCAGGUAAACUCGAACAACCUAAAGAACGACCACCGACAAUGGCGGCUCGUGCUAUGCCUUACACCGGAGGCGAUAUCAAGAAAUCCGGCGAGCUCGGAAGGAUGUUUGACAUCUCCGUCAAUGAUCCCACCUCGUUUCAAAGACCUCCGUCGAUUUUCUCCGGCGAAUCAGCUAGACAGCCACCGCCACCGCCACGUGUCCCCUGCGCUUCGUCUUCGAAUCCGAAUAGUGGAUCCGUUCGAUCCGGAUCCCAAUCGGGUCUAAUUAGAAAAUCUUCAGGUCCUCUCUCUCAGCUUCAACCCACCGGUUUAAUCACCUCCGGUCCGCUUAAUUCGUCCGGUCCAAUUGGGUCCGGGUCAAGAAGGUCGGGUCAGAUUGAUCAACAUCAUCAAACGAGUAAUACAAGAUCGAGCAAACCCAAAUAUGGAUCGGCGGUUACGGUUUUGAAUUCGGAUCCGAUUCGGGUCGGGUUUAGAGUACCAAAGGCUGUGAUUUGGGCAGUGAUUGUAGUUGCAGGGAUGGGUUUACUAAUUGGUGCGUUUUUAUCUGUGGCGGUGAAGAAGCCAUUAGUUGUGGUGGUGAUUGUGGCGGCGAUUUUUCCGGCCGUCGUGGUUUUUUUGUGGAAUUGUAUUUGGAGAAGAAGAGGGUUAAUGAGUUUCAUCAAGAAUUAUCCAGAUGCUGUGAUUAGAGGCGCCAUUGAUGGACAGUUCAUCAAGGUCACAGGGGUUGUAACAUGUGGAAGUAUCCCGCUUGAGUCAUCAUACCAAAGGAUACCGAGAUGUGUUUAUGUAUCGACGGAAUUGUAUGAGUACAAAGGUUUUUGUGGGAAAUCCGCUAACUUGAAACAUAGAUGUUUUUCGUGGGGAUGCAGACAUGCUGAGAGAUAUGUAUCGGAUUUUUACAUCUCGGACUUCCAAUCCGGAUUGCGAGCACUUGUUAAAGCAGGAUAUGGAUCAAAAGUGUCUCCAAUUGUCAAACCGGCAACAGUAGCUAAUGUAACCUCACAAACUAAGGAUUUAUCUCCAAGCUUUCUACAAUGGUUAGCGGAUCGCAACCUUUCCAACGAUAACUGUGCCAUGCGUCUCAAAGAAGGAUACAUAAAAGAAGGGAGCACCGUAAGCGUGAUGGGAAUGGUGAGGCGACACGACAACGUUCUGAUGAUCAUUCCUCCUGCGGAAUCAAUCGCCACUGGCUGCAAAUGGUGGCGUUGCCUCCUCCCAACUUAUGUGGAUGGCCUUAUCAUUACUUGUGACGAGAAUCAGAAUGCUGAUGUCAUUCCUGUCUGAAAAACACAUAUAUAACAUUACGUAUGCAUGUAUGUAUUGCUUCACUAUUAAUCUAUAGAGCAAAUUAUAUAUAAUGUAUAGUCAAGAGUUAGGCCCUAAGACUGAAGAAAGAGUGGGAUGAGAAAAGGAAACCAUAUCGGUUUUUUUGCCUCUUACAAUGGGGUUAUGUUUUGUGUACAUUAAAAAGGUUCAAGUGUAAAUUUGUAUUAUUCUAUUUAAAUUCUUUUGCUCCA